AUGCAAAAGGAGGCUAAACUGUCCCUGGCAGAAACUGAUAUGAAAUGGAGGCAGCGUGCAAAACAACAUUGGCUUAGGAAUGGAGAUAGAAAUACAACAUACUUCCACAUGCAAGCAAACCAGAGGAAAAAGACAAAUGCUAUCACAUCCAUAGAUGAUGGAACUGGUAGAAUUGCUUCUGAACAAGGAGAGAUAGGUGGCAUUUUCACAAGUUUCUUCUCUACCCUUUUCAACUCUUCAUUGCCUUUUAACAUCGAUACAUGUCUCAAUGCCCUUAAGCCAAAAAUCAAUCAAGCAAUGAAGGAGAGUUUAGUCACACCUUUCACUGCAGAGGAAGUCAAGAAAACCAUUUUCCAAAUGAAUCCAUUAGGAUCCCCUGGUCCUGAUGGUUUCCCAGCCCAUUUUUACCAAAAACAUUGGGAAUUGGCUGGUAAAGAGGUGUGUGAUUAUGCUUUGGGAGUUCUAAACCAAGGAGGUUCCCUAAAAAAGGUCAAUGAUACUUAUAUAGCCCUCAUUCGAAAGAUCAUCUCAGCAAACCAAAUUGCAUUUGUACUUGGAAGACUUAUUUCAGAUAAUACUCUAGUUGCUUAUGAAGUUCUCCAUUCAAUGACAACGAGGAUGAAAGUGGAUGGGGAACCUCAACAGAAUUUCACCCCUUCAAGAGGCAUUCGUCAAGGAGAUCCCAUAUCACCCUACCUCUUCAUCCUAUAUGUAGAAGCCCUAUCAGCCCUCCUACAAAAGACUGAAGUGAUGGGGGAAAUUACUAGUGCCCCCAUAGGAAGAGGCCCUACCAAAGUGAGCUAUUUAUUUUUUGCAAAUGACAACCUGCUGUUUUGCCAAGCCUUACCAAAGGAGCUUACAAAAGUGAUUGGGAUUUUGGAUCUUUAUGAACAAGCUUCGGGUCAGAUGCUCAACGAGGAAAAGUCCUCAGUUUUUUUCAAUAAGAACACUCUGAAGGAGGAACAGGAAUUGAUUCUACAGCUAGCAGGCAUAAAAUCCACUGGCACCUUUGAAAAAUACCUAGGCCUCCCUGCAGUCUUAGGAAGAGCUAAAAUAGCAGCCUUCCAUUCCCUCAUAGAUAGAACUUGGUCUUGGGUAGUGAACUGGAAAACCAACCACCUUUCUGCAGCAGGGAAAGAGAUCCUCCUAAAGGCAGGAUUUCAGAUUGUUCAACUUAGCUUUGCUAGCAAAGCAAAGCUGGAGGAUGUUGUUAUAAAACAGAAAUACUUCUCCCCAGGAGACCUACUAAAUGCAAAUCUAGGCUCGGGCCCUUCUUAUGUGUGGAGGAGUAUACUAGCUGGCCUUUCAGUACUCAAGCCUGGGCUUAGAUGGAGAAUUGAAAAUGGUAAAAGCAUCAACAUAUGGUAUGACAAAUGGAUACCCUCUCUUCCUUCUUUCAUAGUUGCAUCUCCAAGAGAUAUGGAUUGUUGGUGUGAAAUGGUGAGUGACCUUAUUGAUCCUAAGCAGAGAAGCUAG